CGCGAUGUCGGCGAGUGGGUCGCCGACUCAGUCUUGGUUGCCCGUCGCGUGAGAUCGCUCGCAUAUUUACAAAAUAAAUAUAAAAAUCGUCCUUAAAUAUCUUAAUCAUGGCUAGAAGUGGAGUGCAUCUCUUAAGCAUUGUUGCCCUACUCGCCGUUAUCGACAUCGGAUCUUGUCUUCAGUGCUACCAAUGCAACUCUGAGUCAGACCCAAAAUGCAAAGAUCCUUUCUCAUCAGCAAAAAGCUUGGUGGACUGUACCACCCAGGACUCGAUCAACUACAAUCGUCAGUACUUGAGAGAAAUUUUGCCACGAGAGCUUGUUGAAGGAGUUGUCGGAGCGCCAAGAUACUGCCAUAAAAUCAUCAUGCAAAAUGGAGCAACUGUUCGUACCUGCUUGGACGCUAAUCCGACAGAUUUGAACCACUCCUGCCGCCUUUUCGACAACCAGGCAUCACAAAUGCCAGCGGAUCCUAGCAAGAAGAUUAAGUAUUGCAGCGUGUGCGACAAGGACAGGUGUAAUGGUGCCGGUUCUAUUGCCGUCUCUGUACCGCUGGCAAUCUUUGCUCUCAUCUCGUCAUAUCUGUACACCAAACAAUAAUAUCGACAAUCAUACUUGAGAAACGGUCAGCUUUUACAAAACGCUUUCCGCCUUCAUACCUUCCAUUUUUUUAAAAACAAGAGAUGCAACCAAAAACACAUCUUUAUAAAAAAUGUCUUUUAACAUGGACUGUAACGUCGAAAUCUGAUUCCCAUUGCGAUACUACGAUACGAUUUUGACUUUGUUUUUUAAUUAAGUGAAAUCAAAGAUAUGAAAUAUAUAAUAGAGCAACGCUAUAAUUUAUAAAAAAUAAUUUAAUAAAAAUAAUAACACACAUUAUUUUAACUAUAAGCUAAUUCAAUAAUUGUUACAAAACAAAUAAAAUUAAAAAAUUGAUAUAUACGGUACAGGAAGCAUGGAAUUAAAUAUCUCGCCUGUUGUGGCUUAUUUCAAUUAAAUGAUUUUUUUAUUGAUGCUGGAAUAGCCCAUUAUAACUGUAGAGUUAUAUGAAAAAAGUAUUAGUGCCAAAUUGGCUUUUUUAAAAUAUAUAAAUAUAAUAUAAAUAACAAAUAGGCCUUGCUUACAUGUAACCUGCCCAACGUUUUUUUUUUAAUAAGCUGAAUAUAUUAGCGAUUCAAUGUAUUUGUUUAUUAUCAACUAGUAUUAAAAUCGUAUUCCGUAAAACAUUGUCUUUAAUAAAAUAAUUAGGUAUAUAAAUCAUAAAACCAUUUUAUCCGAAAAAAAUAAAUGUAUUCUCAGCCAUUGAGUAUAUAUAGUAUAUUUAUUAAAUGUGCAUCAAAACAAAUUUCACAAUAUUAAUAAAAAUGCGUUAUUUUGUGGGAAAAUAGUACACACUACAUUUGUAUAUUUAAGAUUACAUUUUAGUUCGCGUUAUGUAUAAGCAAUAUAUUUAAUAUUAGGCACAAUUAAAUAUUCAUUUAAACAAUGUUUUAAAAAUAAUAGAUUAAGCAUUUAUGUAUACAAAUAUUAUGUGUUGACCGUCCCUUUAAGACGUAUGUGUUUGUAAUAAAGUUAAUAAAAAAAUA